CAGACGGUUCAGGUGCGUGUAGUACAGUGGCGUGUGUAUGAGUGACAAAUAAUGGGUGUACUGUUUGUGUGUGCCGUCACAGCAUUGGUGGCCCUGACGACGGUCUGCAACGCUCAGAAAAAUGAUUAUUUAGCCCCAAGAAACUUACUAGUGGACGCAGGGAAUUUUGUUUUAGACAAAAUGACGCCUGAUAUGAUCCAGGACUGUUCCCUGCGCCAGUUUAAGUGUAACAACACUAAGUGCGUGCAAUUAACAUGGAUGUGUGAUGGAGAAGACGAUUGCGGAGAUAACUCGGAUGAAGAUCACAUGGAAUGCAAAGAAAAUCGAUCAUGUUCAUCCACGGAGUUCAAGUGCAAAAACAACAGAUGUAUUCCACUUCACUGGCAAUGUGACAACGAGAACGAUUGUAGAGACGGCAGCGAUGAAGAUCCGCACACUUGUCAACACCGUGUAUGUGGGCCAGAGGAGUUCACAUGUCGGGAUUCUAUAGGAGAAUGUGUUCCCCUGACUUGGAUGUGUGAUGAUAAUGCUGACUGUGCAGACGGUUCCGAUGAAAAAGCCUGCAACGAGACAUGUCGCACGGACGAGUUUACGUGUGCAAACGGCAAGUGUGUGCAGCAGAGAUGGGUGUGCGAUCACGACGACGAUUGUGGCGAUCGCUCGGACGAGCUUAACUGUCCCCCCAAGACUUGCUCGCCAGACACGGAGUUCGCCUGUGCUCUGGGCAACAACAGCUACUGCAUCAACGCGAGGUGGCGCUGCGACGGGGACUACGACUGCCCAGACGAAUCUGAUGAAAAGAACUGCACAGAAAAGCCACACCGCACAUCAGUGUGUCUAUCUCGCGAGUUUGCCUGUCCGGACCGUCUGACGUGUAUACAUCAAGCUUGGGUGUGCGACGGAGACUACGACUGUCCGGACGGCGCGGACGAGUCUCCGGACGUGUGCAAGAACGUCACUUGCCGUCCGGACCAGUUCCAGUGUCAUAACAAGGGGUGCAUCCCUGGACAUCUGCAUUGCAACGGUCUGGCUGAGUGUUCUGACGGCAGCGAUGAGGAGGACUGCAAGAGGGCGUUCCACUGUGAGGAGAACCAGUUCGACUGUGGCGGUGGCACCUGUAUCUCUCUCAGCUUCGUGUGUAACGGCAAGGCCGACUGUCCUGAAGGCGAAGACGAACCUGAGGGCAAAUGUGACGUCAACGAGUGUCUGGUCCACAACGGCAACUGCUCCCACAUCUGUGUCGACACGCUGGUCAGCUUCCAUUGUGACUGCAGACCGGGGUACAAGCUGGUGGACGACGGGCGGAGUUGUGAAGAUAUUGAUGAAUGUGAGAAUCCUGGCGCGUGCUCUCAAAUCUGCUACAACGAGAAAGGCACAUUCAAAUGUGAAUGUGAAGACGGAUAUCUUCGGGACCCUCAUGACAGGACGAGGUGUAAGGCAACUGAAGGUCACGCAUCUUUAUUGUUUGCAAGACGCCAUGAUAUCCGUAAAAUCUCUUUGGACCACCACGAGAUGACUGCUAUUGUAAACGACACCAAGUCCGCGACCGCUUUGGACUUUGUUUUCCGAACUGGAAUGAUUUUCUGGACCGAUGUGGCUGAUCAGAAAAUAUUCAAAGCUCCAAUAGAUGAAGGUAGUGACAGAACCGUUGUGAUUCGUGGAGAGAUGACAACAGCUGACGGGCUAGCUGUGGACUGGAUCUACAACCAUAUCUACUGGACAGACUCUGGCAAGAACACCAUAGAGUUGGCCAACUUUGAGGGAAGCAUGAGGAGAGUUCUCAUCACAGACCGACUGGAGGAGCCUAGAGCAAUCGCCGUCAACCCGCUAGAGGGCUGGAUGUUCUGGACCGACUGGGGUAAGGAAGCUAAGAUAGAGCGCGCUGGUUUGGACGGCUCUCAUAGACAAACUAUCGUCUCCUACGACAUCAAGUGGCCCAAUGGACUCACUCUGGACCUGGUAAGACGCAGGGUCUAUUGGGUGGACGCCAAGUUGAACAUGAUCUCGUCCUGUGACUACGACGGUGCAGCUCGCAGACAAGUUCUGAGAUCUCCUGAGUUCCUCCAUCAUCCAUUCUCCAUCAGUGUGUUCGAAGACCACGUCUAUUGGACGGACUGGGACAAACAAGCCAUCUUUCGCGCCAACAAGUUCAAUGGCAGCAGGGUUAAUGCAAUAACUGCGUUACACAUGCUCCAGCACCCCAUGGUCCUUCACGUGUACCACCCCUACAGGCAACCUGACGGUGUUAACUACUGUGCUGCUGUCAACGGCCAUUGUUCACAUUUGUGUCUGCCUGCGCCGCAAAUCAACAAUAGAUCACCUAAGAUAUCCUGCGCGUGUCCUGACGGCCUUGUACUCAUGGCAGACGGUCUUAUGUGCACUGAGGAUCCAAGUACCAAAGAGAUUGAGAAUGAGACACCCAAAGAUUUGCCAAUUCCAGAAGAGCCAGAUGAUGGCAUGAUCGCAAUGGUCGUCAUCGCUGUUGUCACGGUGGUUCUUAUAUUUGUGUCACUGAUCGCCCUAGCGGUGUACCGGCAUUACCUACAUCGCAAUGUAACCAGUAUGAACUUCGACAACCCUGUAUACAGAAAGACUACAGAGGAUCAAUUCUCUUUAGAGAAGAAUCAGUAUCAGCCCACCCGCAUCUACCCGUCCACGGUUGGAGAAGAGGCUCUUAAUGAUUUUUUGGCGCAGGAGCCGUUGACGAGUCCGGGCACCAACGACUACGUAUAAUCUGCAUCAAAGCAGCCCAAAGAGCACCAGUGAACAAGUGACUAAAUCUACCACAGCCAAUUCAUUGAUGAUUGUGCCAAGAAAUAACUCUUCCAAGUAUAUUUUUUUAAAGGAAAUCCACGUUUCCAACAUGUUUUUAUAUAUGUUAACGAAUAAUUUAACCUAAAUUAUCAUAGUGCACCAUGAAAAUGGAACUUUAGGUCCUUACUAGUUUUUACUUGAGUUUGAAGAUUAUAUUUUAGUUGGUAAAUUUCCCUGUAAAUUCUCAAAUUAAUGUAAUUUUGUAUAGAUGUAUAAAUUGUCUAAGCAUAAAUUGUAUGCAUAAAACCUAAAAUUAUAUGUUUCAAUAUUUUGGUAAAUGCACAAUAUUCAGACUAAGAUAAGCGAAUGGCACAUUAGAUAAGUUUAGUUUAUUAUGUCCCUUGUAAUAGUUUUGUUCCUAGUUGAAUCAUUUUUAUAAUUAAAUACUUUCAAUUAAGUAGUUUUAAUAAGACCUUCAUAUAGUUUUACUGCUGAAGUUUCUUGACAUUUUUGUAAAUCGCUUUGUACAAUAACUGUCAUGUUCAUACAUGAAAGAUUUUUUUAACUUUCAAAAGUCAUAUUAGAAUUAGAAUUUUAGAACUAUACCCUUUAACUUUAGCUUGAACAUUCCCUACAGAUCAUACUGUAGAAACAAAUUCUUCCAGAAAUUUGUUUCUUCCUACACCUGUAAAUUUUGUGCCAACUAACGAUAAAGCUUUCAUGAAAUAUAAUAAAUAACUGUAUAACUUCACUUAUUCCAAUUGUACGUUCCACUGUUGUUUUUGUUUAUUGUUAUUUGAUUUUUCAUAGUUACCUGUGAUUUAUUUUAUAGGGUUAUGGUAGUUUAAGCGAAGAGAUUUUCUAUUUUGUAAUUUUAAUAUGUGAUUAAAUAGCUGUUUAUGAUUAGUUGAUAUAGAAUCCUAUGUAGGUUAAAAUCGUUAUAAAUUGGGUAGAUACAACUUUGUUAAGAAUAUUUUUAAGCCUAAAUUGUGUAUUUUUUUAGUACGAACAAGAAAUAUUCAAAUUCUUAUUUCAAACUUAGUCAACCUCUAGCCUACCUAAUUUUAAAAAAUUAUUAGACGUAAGUUUAACGUUAACCUUAUUUACGUUAAAUACCUUCCAAAGAGUUAUUUGUAGCUUUAACCGUGCCAUAUUUAAGACUAAUUAAAGUUUGUCAAUGCUGUGUUGUGUAAAUAUAAUAUGAAUGAAAUAAGUAUACAAAUAUGUUGGUAAGUCGAUAUGAAAUGCCACCAACGACUGGUACUAGUUGCAUUGGUAACUGAAAAAUUAAUUUAAUCAGUUACUAAAAUCGUAAAAUGUUUUAUGAAGUUUUCCAAACAUGUUUAGUGUUGAUAUGUAUUUCAAUCAACGUCCAGGCGAAAAUAAACUGCUGACAUAUUAAAUCAAAACACAAAGAUUAGAUACAAGUUAUCAAUAGUAUACAUUUAAGCUGCUUAACAUUCCUGAUCAUAUUCUUCAAAACAUAUUCUUCAAAAGGGAUGGAAAAUCCCUUGGCCUAAUUUUAAAGAGUAAUGUAUAAGCAAAAAAAAAAUAUAGACAUCAUUUCUUAACGAGCUUUUUUAUGUUGACUUAAACAACUUAUCAAUGAAAAAGUAACAACACAUUGCUAAUAUUAUAGCUGAGAUUGAAUCAGUUAUUGUUCUAUGCAGAUAAAUUUAUAUGAUUGACUUAUCCGGUUGUAAGACUUACUUUUUCAAACAUAGAUUUUAAUUAGGCCUAUAAUGUAAUGGUGUUAAACAGUAAACUAUUCUAUGGCCAUAUAUUCUUCUCUCAAGAUGAUUGUUUACACCAUUAUAAAUUAAAAAUCUUGUUAUGCAUAAAGCUAAAUUUUGUGCUAUUUAUUUAUGUUCUGCAAAACAGUUUAAAGUAAAUAGUUAUAAAAACAAACUAAUAAACACCGUCCAAAAACUGAUUUAAAAGUAAAUAAUUAUUCAUUCAUUAAAAAUCCCAUGACAGUAUAGUUAUGAUUCGAAUAUUUUGGCACACAAUUUACAGCAAUUUUGUACUCACAAUUCAGUUUGUAUAUACUCAAAGUCAAAAAAAUACAACGGUUCCAUAGAAUAAAAAACAUAGUUAAGUUACUAAAGUUUAUUAAUUUAUAAUGGGGUGUAUAUUUUUAAGUUACACUUUAAAUAUUUUUUUAUUAUACUAGGUUUGAGUCUUUUAAAAACUACAAACUACCUAGUUAUUUGAAAGUUUAAAAAGAGUCUUGAAUGAGUGAGUGAUUCAAUCAAUAUUACGAGUUUAUAUUAUUUUAAGAAAAGUCUCGUUGAAUGAAUUACAUGUCCUAUUUACCUUAAAAUAAAAAGUCUUCUAAUUUAUUCCAGGUAUAUUGCGAUCUUUAAGUUCUAAAAUUACUGUAAAUAAUUAUACGCGUGUCUAGUGUGAUUUGCUGUAUCGAUAUAACUAUUGUUUAGCUCAAAAUAAAUAUAUGUUGUCUCAUUUUACGUGUCUUUGUAAUAAAUACGUUUUAAAUUAUAAA